AUGGCUUCAACACAGGCGUCUGCACGCCCUCAGAGUCUGUCGACAUUGAUCGAGACCCUAAACACUUGUUUAUCGACAGCUGCAUCAUCUCUACCUAAGUCACACAAGGAUGCGCCCUCCGAUGUCACAAUUGAACCUCCCCAGGACGGCAUCUCUCUUCUAGAUACCAAAAGCGAAAUCCUUCUUUCCUAUCUGCAAAACCUCGUCUUUCUGAUCAUCUUUCAAUUGCGAAAUGUUUCUGCGAAACAGAAUACAAAAGAGAAGGGCCAAUCCCCGGACAACUCCCUCGAAGAUGACAUCCAGAAGAAGCUGAUCGAGCUGCGGGUAUUCCUCGAGCGCGGUGUUCGUCCCUUGGAAGGGCGACUGAAGUACCAAGUGGAUAAGGUUAUCAAGGCUGCGGCGGAUGCGGAGCGGACAGAGAAGACUCAGCCGGCCAAGACAAAGAAAAUUCGCAAAGCUGCGACAUCGGACAGCGAAGCCUCGUCGGAUGAGGAAGAAGACGCGAGCGGUAGCGAGAACGAAGAGGACAUCGAUGAAAUGGCCUACCGACCUAAUGUCUCCGCCUUCAACAAGGCCAAAGCGGUGGCUGAGCAGAAGAAAGCCAAACCCUCCAAGGGCGCCGACGAAGGACCUGGAGAUGGCAUUUAUCGUCCCCCGAGGAUCAUGCCGACGUCUUUGCCUACGACAGAGCGUCGCGAACGCCAAGAGCGCAGGCCUAUUCGAUCCAACGUUAUUGACGAAUUCGUCAGCGCUGAAAUGUCGUCCGCACCCAUGGCUGAGCCAAGUAUUGGCAGCACAAUUAUCGAUGGUGGCCGAACGGUCAAGUCAAAGAAGGACCGCGAACGCGAGGCCGAGCGUACUACCUACGAAGAGACCAACUUUGUCCGCUUGCCGAAGGCCACCAAAAAGGAACUGGCCAAACGGGGUCACGGAAAGGAUACCACAUAUGGCGGCGAUGAAUGGAAGGGGCUCAAUGAGGGUGCAGAUCAUAUCGAACGUCUUACCCGGAGAUCGAAGAGCAACGGUGCCGCACUUGAGAAGAGCCGGAAGCGUGUCCGCAAUGAGGACGGACAACGCGGUGAUGGUGUGGGCAUGGGUCAAAUCUUUGACAAGCGACGGAAGAAGGUUGACAGCUGGAAGCGGUAA